AUGCACGCCUCAGCGAAACCGUCGAUUACGACGAUGUCCAGCGACAUCGCGAGCAUGUCACUGUUAUUGACGAGAAUGAUGAUCAUCGUCCGUCAGACUAUCGAUCGUCCGACAUGGUAUCCCACGGUCGGCAUGCUUCAGGACCGACCAUCUACCGGUGGUUGUUCUACAAGCUGUGACUCAAAGAAGUACCGAAAAAUGUGCGAAUCCUUCUGUAACACGAUUGCCCGACUCCGAGAAGAUAUGCGUUACUGGCGAUCGGAGACUCGCAGGCUCCAACGCCGUCUCGACGAGGCAAAGGCUCGUAAAAGUCUGCAAUGUCUAGUCUGCUUGGAGGAGAAGGAAAAAUGGGUGGUCGUCCAGUGUGGACACCUCAUCUGUGGUGGCUAUGUCCUAGAUCUUAUGCAGUGGCAGGCGCUCUUCAACAAGCCCUACCCUUCGUGCCAGGCGCCCAUGAAGUCUCUUGCCGAAUGCUACCCGAAUCUGAGAUAG